AUGGGCGGCGGCGGCAAUGCAGCCGACGUCAGGUCUGCCGAAGAAGCUGCGGCGGUGUACAGUACGGAGCUAGCGGUGGCGGCGGCGGCGCUGGAUGGCGGCCCGGCGCGGCUUGCUUCCCUGGCUACCUGGCAUUCCUGCGUGACCAUCCUCUUUUGCGACAUUGUGGGUUUCACCACCACCUGCAGCUCCACAACGCCCUUUACGGUCAUGACCUUCCUUAACGACUUGUACAGCCGGUUUGAUGGCCUGGUGGACAUCUACAAGGUUUAUAAAGUGGAAACGAUUGGAGACUGUUACAUGGUGGCCGGCGGGUUAGUGGCGUACGACGAGGACGGGUACAAGUCCGUCAUCAGCGGUACGGAAGAUCCGCUGCAUGCCGCCAUGCUCCGUGUCUCCCGAGCCGUGCUGAUGCCUGACACGGGUGCUCCGGUUCAGUUGCGUGUGGGUCUGCACAGCGGUCCGGUGACCAGCGGGGUGGUGGGGGACACCAUGCCCAGGUUCUGUUUGUUUGGGGACACGGUGAACGUGGCCAGCCGCAUGGAGAGCACUUGCUCCCCGGGCCGUAUCCACGUCAGCUCCGCCACCCAGUCCCUGUUGCCUAAUGAGGCAUGGCGUGACCUGGGCAUGACGGAUGUGAAGGGCAAGGGCGCCAUGCACACGUACGAAUGGGCGGGGGAUGUGGACGGACCGCUGGAUGGGGAGCAGGUCACGAGGGUGCUGGGGCUCUACCUGUAA